GCUGAUUUAGAUAUCCAACAUAAUUUACCCGAACUUCCCACGGGGAAAGACAAAUAUUUUUUUCGUUUCUUACAGUAGUGAAGAUAGUGAUCGUGUUUGGUCGUAUGUGGAGGAUCUGAAAAUCGUUUCAAAUUACCAUGUGUAUAUGCGAAUCGGGACUUUCAGCCGGGGAAAAACACUCAAGAAUGUAUCAAAGAAGGAAUGGCGAGAUCUUUUAAAGUUCUUUUGUUCCUGACUCCAAAUUUUCAUCAAAGUGAUUGGUGUUAUCAUGAGAAAGAAUAUGCUUUCGCGUGCUCUGUUGAGAAAAGGACGAAUUUCAUAAUUCCUGUUAAACUUGAGGAAUGUGAAAUACCUUCGGCACUAAUGCCAUUGACCUAUGUUGAUGCGACGGACCCCAACAGUGAUGUUCCUGCGAAGAUAGCAUCGGCUUUGAUUGACACUGAGACAUAUGAGCCAGAGAGGCUAUUGCCGAAGGAGUUUACAAGUUCAAUCAAGAAAUAUGAAAACGGAUACAGCUUUAGUAUCUUUGGGGAUAGGAAGAAAACGUGCAUGCCUUGCAGACCUUCAAAGUACCAAUUCAACCCCACAUCAGAUCUGUUCAAGAGGUUAAAGACCGAUAAUAUCCAGAUACCACAAUCGCUUCUAAUACAGACAUUCAAUUUCAUCAACAAGUCUUCUGUCAUGUGGUCGUACGACUUCCGUAAAAAGUGUAACAUUUGUUGCUGGUGAAUCUUCACAAUUCCCGCAAUAUUUUUCACUGUGGCUUUUAUUUAUUGGACUGGCAAAAUAGCAACAGCCUCGAGGACACGCCUGUCUGUCGAGGAGUCAGAUUAUAUGACAUCUUUUCUGACAAUUGUAUCCAUGCUGUUGAUAGUUUUACCACUUGCAGUGCUUCCGAUAAUGUGCAUCAUUUCAUGUUGCUGCAGCAGAAAACAGCGGGAUUUAUCGUUACAGAGAAAGAUAUGGGACAAAUUUGGCAACCAGUUCAUUAAUAAUGGAGUCUUAUUGAUAUUUUCGGGAAGUAAAAACAAUCGUCCGAAGCUCAUUAUCAUGAGGUAUAAUGUCUUCAAAUGUAAGGAUUACCUCAAAUCAGUCAUCAUGGAGAAAUAUCCACAGGUUGGAGAGCCGUUAGCUGAGACUUACGCACUUUCAAGUAUCAAACGUUAUGUCCAGGAAAUCUUACCAGUUCUGGCCGAAGAUUUCGACAGUUUGGAAGAGGCACCUUACAACCGACAUAACGUUAAAAGAGGCAAAAUCUGUAUAUGUCAACAUCUUGAACUUGUGAUGUAAUUGUGUCACCAUUUGUAAUUUUAACCAUAUGCAUAUGGUCACAGAGUAAAGUCAAAGUUCUGAUUUGAAAUAUCAAUGUAUUUUAUUGUAUAUUUUAUUUAGUAAAAAAAAAAUAUUUAAGAGUUUCAAUUGUUUUGGUAACAAUCAUUAAUUUUAAAUUUCUUGUGCAUGUUUGACUAUCUGUAUCUUAGAUUACGGUUUAUUUUAAUGAACAAUGUCAUCUAUGCAGUUAGAAAAUAUUUAUUCUUUGCCUUUAUUUUAAAACGAAAAUCGUAUUUUUUUAUGAAUUUAAAUUUCAUAUCUUUUGACAUGAAUAACCAGCGUAAUUUAGGAAAUUCCUAUCCGUAGUUAUUUAUAUCACAUUUUGGAUUUUCCGUGCGAGCUUAAAAUAGAAUAUAUAUAUAUAUAUAUCGGCUAUUUUUAGCUGCACGCGCGAGUUUAUAUUUUUAGUAACAUAGUCUCUCCGCACCGAAGCGCGACGCCCCUGAUAGAAUAAAAAAGGGCAAUUGCAACUUCUCGGGCCUUUUAGUCGGUCAUAAUAGCCGAUCAUUCCGAUUGGUAUGAGGAUGUUUGUUUAUCAUGUACAAUAUCGAACUCUAUUCGCCGGUCUCCUUUCGGUAAUUCCCGGUCUCUCCCGGUCUAUUUUGACCGGGAUUACUAGAGAACGGCGAAUAGUAUCACACGUUUAUUAUCCGGUCGUUCAAGGUUUUGGAGUAGUUGUUUGAUAUCGUUACAUAU